GUUAGAAAAACGGAACACGGAUGGCAGUGGGAUUUGGAUGGUUGUACUGCAUCCGUUCAUGAGGUAUGACUAGGUGAAGAUAGCACACGAAGAAAUGGAGGUUCACUUUGCCGUACGAAUUACGGAAUCAGCAAUCGACAAAAACGAAUGGUAUUGGUCCAAUAUUCGAGACGAUGUGAAAUUCAUCGUCGCAAACUGUCAAGUUUGCGCUGCUGACAAGGCGCCGAUCCAGCCGCCAAGAUCGAUAGUACCAACGGUAGAUGAGCGGCCGUUUCAAAGGUGGAGGCGUUGGCGAGAACACUUUGCCGAGUUGUCGAUGGGUCUGGUCGGAGUAAAGGUCACGUGGACGCAGCACGGGGAUCACCGCCAGUGGGCUGAGUACCUUGAGUUGCUUAUCAUCCAGGCAUGGCGAACGGGAGUGGAGGGAGAUCUGCUUGGAUUCCUCUUCGGAUCGGUGCGGCCUGAUCAUCGCCAACCGAUCGUGCAAGAGCUAACGGUCCCCCUGGCGCAGCUGGCCGAUGAUGUUCCACUUGAGAUCGUCUCGCAGAGCGACAACAGCCCAAUCCCGCACGUCCUCCCACGCACAUUGACGCCAUACCUUCAGUGGUCGGCGUGUUUGGAGGCGCCCGGAAGCAGCCGCAACCCACCAUCGCAGCGCGGUUAUCUGGACCCACACGAGAUAGUCGAUCUCGCCUUCUUUCAAGAUCGAACGACCUCCGAGAACGAAGAGGUGGAGAUUGAAGCGGAGAAGGAAAGCUCGGAAGAAGAAGCAGAAGUUGAACAGGAGGCCGACGAGGAAGAAACUCCCGAAGAGGGGAGUUACAGUGAGCACAGCGAAGGGGAGCAAAGUGAGGAGGAGGAGGGAGAAGAACAAGACGACGAGGAGGAAGAAGAAGACCAAGAGGAACUAGAAGAGUCGGAGUGGGAAGGAUUUGAGGAGGAAGUGCGUGACGAGGCUCGGGCGCAGCCCCAGGCGCAGAAGAGGGAAGAGAUCGCAGUCGGGAAGCGACAGUUGGAGUUCGCCAGCACAGCCCGUCAGCCGCGCACCGACGAUCCGGCCCGGGAUCCAGAGCCACCUAAGCCCGAGGAUGGGGACCCAGCUGCUGAGACUUGGACCGCACCGGCAAGACGGCGACGAAGCCGAUCCCCCUCCCCCUCCGCCACCGACUGUCCACCAACUCGUCCACGUACCGAUGCGGGGCAUCGGGCUUCGUCCCCGGUCAUUAUCCUGCCGUCCCCUUGACCACCUCUCUUUCCGCCAGAUUACCACUCGCGUCACCUUCCCUA